AUGGUCGAAGAUCAAAACCGAAGACCACUUAAGGAAUUCGCCCAGCCUUCUAACGAAGAACCCAGUUCUAGUAUAGUAAACCCGGCUAUUCCUGCUAAUAAUUUCGAAUUAAAACCCUCUUUAUUACAACUAGUACAACAAAACCAAUUCGCGGGUCUCGCUACAGAGAACCCAAAUCAGCAUUUGAAAGUUUUUAUCCAAUUAGCUGAUACGUUCAAGACCAACGGUGCUUCGCUUGAAGCAAUUCGUGUAAUACUAUUCCCGUUUUCCCUCAGAGAUAGAGCACGGUCUUGGUUAGAUUCCCUUCCGGCUAAAUCAAUAACUACUUGGGAAGAUCUCAGGAGAGUGUUCCUGAUGUCCAUCGACAUUGCCGUCGGUGGUGCUCUGAUGAAUAAACCUUACCCUGACGCUUGCGCUCUCAUCGAAGAUAUGGCACAAAACCAUUACCAAUGGGAGUCGGAACGAGCAUCAGUGGAGAAAAGGGAGACCAAAGGAGGAAUGCAUGAGUUAAAUUGUAUGGACAUGAUGAAAGCUAAAAUGGACGCUUUAGCUCUGAAGGUUGAACACAUGUCUGCAAAUCCUACAACUGCAGUAGUUGUAGAUUGUGAAAUCUAUGGAACCAAAGGACAUCUUGCACCAGAAUGCAAUCUGUUAACUGAAUCAAACUCAGACCAAGUCAAUUAUGCCCAAGGAAACCCAUUUUCGAACACUUACAACCCUGGAUGGAGGAAUCACCCAAACUUCUCUUAUAAAAACAAUAACCGGAUUCAAAGCUCUGCACCUCAAAGACCACCAGGUUUUCAAGCACAAAAACCAAUCUAA